GUAUUAAACUAUUAUCCACCAGGUUCUCGUUCUCUAUCCACAUUGCAUUGCAGAAGAAAACAGAAAGCAUAGCCAUAGCCAUAGCCAUAGCCAUUGCUCGCUAAAUGGAAAUUCUACUAUAAAUGGAGCUUUCUGCAAUCCCCACCUUCAACGCUGCUACUUCUCAUGCUUCGUUAUUUCCAUUUCCAUCUACUCAACUUCGGUGCUCUCUUCUUCCCCGCUAUCAUGCUACCUUUCGCAAUUCCAAACCCUUCCUUCAGAUCAGGUUUUGCGCGGCGGCGUCAUCGAACGGUUACGGCGGCAGCGGAGUCGAGAGCGGUGAAUCGGACCCUGAUUUCGUCGAAGUUAUUGUCAUUGGUGGUCGGAAGGACGCCGUGCUUGAUUUCUGCUUGAACUCGCCGUUUCAGUUGUCGUCGCUUCGGUUUUGGAAUAUUCUGAUGAAAGAAUCGGAAGAGGUGCAGUUACAACGAUGGUCGAUUCAAGAAGAACCUCGCCCAGAAAUUGUGAAAGCUCCAGCAUUUAUGAAGUCAUGUUCAAAGACUAUUGUCCUUGUAGCUAGUGCAGGAUAUGGAUUGGACCAUACUGUUGCAGUUGAUAUUUUUGAAACUGUAAGGUCGAAAAAUGGAUUAACAGUUGCUAUAGUGCUGAAGCCUUUUAGCUUUGAAGGGUUAAGACGACAAGAUGAGGUGAAAGCUUUGAUGGGGAAACUUAAGGACAACACUAAUUUACUUAUUGAAAUUGAUAUUGAUGCACUGCUUAAAAAAGACUUAUUGACUCUAGAUGAGGCUAUGAAGACUGCGAAUGAUGCAGUUUUGCUAGCUAUUAAGGCUAUAUCUGUUCUAAGAUCUGGGAUGCACAGAAAAUUCAUAGAUAAAAUGCAUGAUGAUAUGAAAGAGACCAGCACUUCAGAAAUCAAUAAAAUACUGGAAUGCUAUAAAGAGGCAAGAAUUGGAUUUGGAGCUGCAUAUAACAUCAGAACUUCAAUUUUUCAGUCUAUAUUUGAUUGUCCUUUCCUCGGUGUUUCUUUGAAGGAUCCAAAUAGCAUAGUGAUAUGCAUUCUCACACGUUCUGUACCCAUCAAUGAUAGUGAUAUAGCAGUGUUUUUGCAUACUUUCCGUCAAACUACACAAUACAUGGGAGAUAUUAUAAUAUCAACAGUAUUUGAGCCUGAUGUCGAGCCCAACCUUCUGAUAACAACUGUCCUUGUGCUUGGCAGUUUAAAUGUUCAGCAGCCUUCCCAGAGUGGGGGUCUACUGUCCAGACUUGCCCUGCAUUUUCCUCAUGUUUUUAGCUUUUGGGGAAAACAUAAUCAGCAACAAAUGGUCACUGGGAAAGAGAAUGCAGUAUGUGAAGAAAUGAUGGGUUCUUAUGACAUUGAUGAGGGGGCAAAUAAGAUUGCUCCCAGUGUCAUGGAUGACAGGUUUGACAAGUACUAUGAAGAGUUGGAGCCAGCAGUGAGCAACAUCAGCUCAAAGUUGUCUGCUUCAAGGGAUGUUGAAAAAGAUGAGGAACAUUUAUUUGACGACACUGCAAAUUAUCCUGCCCUUUAUGACUCCAGUACUGAAGAAGAAUCAAAUCAAGUUGCAUUAGGAGACUCUGCUUUUCCAAGAGAGCAGCUUGAAAACUGGAGUCUUGGUCCUGGAUUUGAAGUGGCAAGGGAAUGGGCCCAAGAACGGGCAGCAGAUGCACCCAUGGUUGAUAACAUAAGCAUAUUCCAUCUUCCUGUUGGUGUGAGGCAUUCAGAAGAGUUGAAAGACUGUUUAGAAAUCUCAGUUAUGACAAAAAAACUUGAGUCUGAAACUGAUAAUGAUAUGAAAGUACCAACGUUAAAUGGAGGUACGUCUAGUUGGAGUAGUGUGACUGAUGCAGGUGUAGGAGCAGUAAGGGAAUUUGCUUCUUCACUUUUGAAGGGAAAGUAUGCUAACAAAUCAAAGAAGGAUGGAGUUCUUUCUGUUCGUGCUGCAUCUAUGCUGGAGUCAGAACGCGAUUUGUCAAAAAAAUGGAGUCCUGUUGUAGAAAUGCAAUACAGGGGAGGAAGAUACAAGGGGCGAUGCCAGGGAGGUCUGCCAGAAGGGAAGGGGCGUCUUAUCCUUGUAGACGGAAGUAUAUAUGAUGGUCUUUGGCGCUAUGGUAAGAGAUCAGGCCUCGGUACUUUCUAUUUCAAAAACGGAGAUAUGUUUCAAGGAUCAUGGAGGGAUGAUGUCAUGCACGGCAAGGGUUGGUUUUAUUUUCACACCAGUGAUCGGUGGUUUGCGAACUUUUGGAAAGGAAAGGCUAAUGGUGAAGGGCGGUUCUACACAAAGUCUGGUGAUGCCUACUUUGGGAAUUUCAAAGAUGGAUGGCGGCAUGGCCAGUUUCUUUGUAUUAAUGCUGAUGGGACAAGGUACACUGAAAUUUGGGAACAUGGUGUUCUUUUAGACAGCAAGCAGUUUGAGGGAUGACGAGCUGGGUAAAUAUGGUUUGCCACAUUUUGUGAUUUCUGUGAAUCUUAUAGUCUUGUCUCAUUUUUCUUUUACUUCUUUCUCUACGUUGUAUAAUAGGUGUUUAUUGUCGGUCGUCUAUUUUGUAUUUUAUUCUAUGUUUUUGCCAUAAGUCAAUUUUUUCCUUUGAACUUCUUUUUUUACUACAAUGAACUUCUGAAUGCGUUUGGUAAAUAAAUUUUUAAUUUCUUUACAA